UCAGCGCACAGACAGACACUCAGGCCCCAGGCCAUCGGGUCCCUGGCUCGCCCUGGGACUUCACACAAGCCAGGGCCUCUGUCUCUUCCCAAUGGAAAGGCUGACCUCACUGAUCUUCACAACGGCCGCCGUCCUUCGCUGUGACCACGCGGGUCCCUUCGCCUCCGUGGAAUGAGGCAGUGAGGCAGGGCGCAGAGACGGUGAGCUUUGCAGUCAGUCUCAGUCAGGCCUCUGCGACUAAAUGGCUAUGUGACCCUGGGUGACUUACUUUGCCACUGUGAGCUUCGUUUUUUUCCCCCUAUCGGUGCAUAACGCCUAUGCAGGUAAUAAUAAUACCUGCCUCACAGGGAUGACGUGAGCUUACCUGUGAAAACUUAGUUAAGGGCGCAGUGGGUAGUAGCGAGAGGGUGAAUAAAUACUACCUCCACUUAGCAUAUCUCUACUAAAAAAGUUCCUCGGUAUCUGAAUUUCAAAUUGAACUGGGCAUCCUGUUUUUUUAUUCGGUAACCAAUUACAAAGACGCAGUGUUGGGAGGGGUCUCUCGAGGUCCAGAGUAGGGGGCUCCAAGCUGUCCAGAGGCCAAAUCCUGCCCGCAGCCCCAUUGUGUGCCCUAGCCUGUGAGCUAAGGAUGAACGUCACAUCUUUAAAGGGCUGCGGAAAAGCAGCAGCAGAAGAAUGUGUGUCGGAGACUGUACGCGCCCGGGCUCACGAAGCCUAAGAUGUUUGUUUACCUUCACUCUCGGCCCUUCAUGGAAAACGUUUGCUGACCUGCAGUUGCGAGGGGACCAACCGUUUCUACUGUUUGUGUAACGAUUCUGGGCCAGGCGAGAGGUUCACCGGGAAAAGUCGAGAACAGCUCAUUCCGGGGUGGGGGGUACAGCAAAGGGUUGGGAGGGGAGGCUGACAGGAGAGGAAAAGGGGGCUCACUUGCUUGCCCAGUGGAGGAGCCCUGAUCCCCAGACGCUCCGUGACUCCUCCCUCUUCAUCACUGCCUAGAGUCUCUCAGCCUAGUCUGACCUGUCCGGGCCUUUCUAUAAAAGGUCACAACCAGGUCUCCUGAAGUCCAAGGGAGGUGUCCCCAGUCUCUUUGAAGGCCUCCCUUCCCCUGACUGGCCGGGGGGCAGGGAGAGAGACUGAGGUGGAGGAGGUUAGGCUGGCCCCUGCGGGCAGGUGUGCUGGCCUGUCUCUUUAAAUCUCAGGUAAUUUGGGAGGUGGGAGGGAGUUUGUCUGCACAGUUCCCAGGGAGCUCCUGCAGGAGGAGCCCAGAGAGGGAGUCCCAGCUCGGCCCAGUGGAGCAAGCUCUGAGCUCUCCGCAGUCUGGGGUCUGGCCGAGGCGCCUCCCCGAGGCUCCUGGGGGGCCCAGGGAGGCAGGAGAUGGGGCCUCUGCAGGGAGAGGGCAGGCCGGGCCCCGUGGAGGCCAGUGCGGCCCCAAGGCAGAGUCCAGUCGGGGUCUGGCCUCGGCUGCAGCCCCACAAGGAGCCUGCCCUACACGGCGUGGGGUCGCCGCUGCCUGAGAAACACGGGUUCCGUCUCUGCCUAAAGUUCUGUAGAUGGUUCCAGAGACAGGAGGCUUGGGCUCAGAGCCGAGACGAGCAGAACCUGCUGCAGCAGAAGCGGAUCCUGGGGUGUCCUUUCCUUCUAGCUGCCAGAGAGAACGAUGUGCCGGCUCUCGGCAAGCUGCUCAAGUGCCAGGCCUGGGAGGUGCACCAGAGGGGAGCCCUGGGGGAGACGGCGCUGCACGUGGCGGCCCUCUAUGACAAUCUCGAAGCAGCCAUGGUGCUGAUGGAGGCCGCCCCCGAGCUGGUCAAGGAGCCCAUGACGUCUGAGCUGUAUGCGGGUCAGACCGCACUGCACGUGGCCAUCCUGAACCAGAACGUGAACUUGGUGCGCGCCCUGCUCUCCCACGGGGCCAGCGUCUCUGCGAGAGCUACAGGCACAGCUUUCCACCUCAGCCCCCACAAUCACAUCUACUUCGGUGAGAGCCAGGGCCAGGGCCAGGGCCGGGGGGGUCUCUCCCCUCAGGAGGCCUACGUGACCCCCCAGGAUGGCAUCCGACUGGUGGGGGAACUGGUGACUGUCAUUGGAGCCAUGAUCAUCCUGAUUUUCGAGAUCCCAGACAUCUUCAGGGUGGGGUUCACACGCUUCUUCGGACACACCAUCCUCGGGGGGCCGUUCCAUGUCCUCAUCAUCGCCUAUGCCUCCCUGGUGCUGGUGACCAUGGCGAUGCGGCUCACCAACACCAGCGGGGAGGUGGUGCCCAUGUCCUUUGCGCUGGUGCUAGGCUGGUGCAACGUCAUGUACUUUGCCCGAGGCUUCCAGAUGCUGGGCCCCUUCACCAUCAUGAUCCAGAAGAUGAUUUUUGGCGACCUGAUGCGGUUCUGCUGGCUGAUGGCUGUGGUCAUCCUGGGCUUUACCUCAGCCUUCUACAUCAUCUUCCAGACAGAGAACCCGGAUGAGCUGGGCCAUUUCUACAACUACCCCAUGGCGCUGUUCAGCACCUUUGAGAUGUUCCUCACCAUCAUCGACGGGCCCGCCAACUACGACGUGGACCUGCCCUUCAUGUACAGCAUCACCUAUGCGGCCUUUGCCAUCAUCGCCACGCUGCUCAUGCUCAACCUGUUCAUUGCCAUGAUGGGCGACACUCACUGGCGGGUGGCGCACGAGCGGGAUGAGCUCUGGAGGGCCCAGGUCGUGGCCACCACGGUGAUGCUGGAGCGGAAGCUGCCUCGCUGCCUAUGGCCUCGCUCUGGGAUCUUCGGGCGAGAUUACGGGCUGGGGGACCGCUGGUUCCUGCGGGUGGAAGACAAACAGGAUCUCAGCCAGCGGCGAGCCCGGCGCUGCGCACAGGCCUUCCGCACGCGGGGCGCCCACGACCCGGACAAAGGCUGGGAGGCACCGCGGCGGGGCCGCGCCCCCGGCCCCAGCCUGGCCCUUGCUGCCCCCUCGGUGUCGCGAAGCACCUCCCGCAGCAGCGCCAACUGGGGGAAACUGCGGCAGGGGGCCCUGAAGUCGGAACUGAGGGGCGUGGUCAACAAGGGCCUGGAGGAGGACGGCUGGGAGUAUCAGGUCUGAGCGCCCGUCGCUCCGCUCCGGCUCCCAGCGUCGCUCUCCCUGCCCUGCGCGCCGCUCUCGGAAGCAGAACCCAGCACACCUAGAGGUCGGGCCUCGCAGGCCAAGGCGGGAGG